CCAGGCUGUCAUGCAAGGCUGGCACGGCAUGCGCCGGGCUCUGUGGCCAUGGUUGUGCCUAGCCGCGAUCAGUUGCCCUGGUUGGGUGUCCCAACCGAGACUCCAAACUCGGCGGGCUCAGCGAACUGGGCGUGCAGCGGUGCUGGAAGGCGAAGGCAUCCUCGGAACGCAUGACGAGCUGAGAACGCUCUUCCGCAUUCCGGCGCUCAGCAUCGGCAAAGGCGAAAAGGUUGCAGUCGUGGGGGCCAACGGAUGUGGCAAGUCCACCCUGCUCUCUUACCUCGCUGGGCAGGCCAAGCCCAAGCAAGGCGAGCUUCGCCUGCAGCCGGGAGCGCACAUCACGAUGGUUGAACAAAACCCACGAUUUCUGGCAGAGAAGACAGUCCUGGACACGAUUUACGAGAAGGCGAGCUCGCCGAGCGCGCGGGCAGCCUACAAUUUUCGGAUGGCCACUUCUCUCGGAGACGAAGAGAUCGCCAAAGCCCUGGACCAGAUGGAAGAGCUUCCCGAAGCGUGGGCUUGGGAUCAGCGCGUGGCAAGAGUUGCCAAGGAGCUGGGCCUAGCAGAGCUGCUGCAACGGCCCGUGGGCACCCUCAGCGGCGGCGAGGAGCGGCGCGUGGCCCUGGCGGCCGCCUUGGUGGACUUGCCCGAGACGGAUAUGCUGAUCUUGGACGAGCCCACCAACCACCUCUCUGUAGAAGGCUGCGAUUUCUUGCAAGAGACACUGGCUCAAGCAGGAGAUUUGAGCCUCAUCCUCGUUUCGCACGACCGCUACUUCCUGGACUCGGUGUGUGACCAAAUUCUUGAGAUUGAUGGCAAUGGGGAGACGUACACACAUCCAGGAAGUUGGGAGAGGUUCCUGAAGAGACGCGCCGAGCGCUACGAGCGCGCCGAGGGGCAGCUGCAGGAUGCCAAGGUGCAGCUGAGGCGCGCAGAGGCUUGGGCGCAGCGGGGGGCUUCGGGCCGGCGCACCAAGAACAAGGCGCAGAUGCAGGCGGUGGAAGGGCUCCGACAGCGAGCCACAGAAGUCGUCAAGGCCAAUGACGGGACACCGGACUUGGAGGACAAGCUGCUGAAGGGGAAGACGAUUGUGGCGUCUUCCGGAAGUUCAAUUGGCAGCAUGUUCUUGAGGGACGUGGUAGUAGAAGUGCCAGGACGAGGGAACGUUCUGGACAACAUCACUGUCAGCUUUGAGAGGGGCGAAAAGGUUGGGGUCGUUGGGCCCAAUGGCGCUGGCAAAAGCACUCUCUUGAAGACUUUGGCAGGUGAUUUAGAUCCAACAAGUGGCCAAGUCUUCAUUGGGCAGGGUGUCCUGCUGGGUUUCCUUUCUCAAACUGCCUUGGAGUGGCCGGAUCCCAAAAAGCGCGUGAUUGACGUGGUGACGGAGCUGGCCACUGUUGCCAUGACCCAAGCAGACGAUGGUGUUUUGCCUGGGGCGGCGGGUCUGAGCAUGGAGAAGCGCAGGGCAGCCAUGCUGAAAGCCAUCAACUUCGCGCAGAGCCGCUGGGCCACUCCUGUCGGUAUGCUUUCAGGCGGUGAGAACCGACGCCUCCAACUUCUGAAGGUGCUGGUGCAGCGACCCAAUGUGCUCCUUUUGGAUGAACCUACCAAUGACCUAGAUGCAGUGACCGUGGACUCGCUAGAGAGCAUGUUACAGAACUAUCCCGGGACCUUGGUGUUGGUGAGUCACGACCGGUCCUUGCUGGAUGGCGUUUGCAGCUCCUUUGUUGUGAUGCAAGAAGACGGCAGCCAGCCCAAGAUUUGGGAAGGCUCGUUUCAGGAGCUGCGGCAGAUGCAGAAGCUCCACCAGAAAUCCCAAACUCAGCCUGAAGCUGCUGCAGCCACGCCGCAGCCUGCGAAAAAGCAGGACUCGAAGCAAGAACAAAGGCGGCUGGCCAGACUGGAGCAGCAGAUUUCCAAAAUGGAAGCAGACCUGGCAGCGCUGGACCAAGCCAUGGCAGAUGCAUGGGAUGAUUCCACACGACUGGACGAGCUGUCGAGCGAAAGGACGUCACUGGAGGAGACGCUCAACGAGGCAUACAAGAGAUUUGAAGAUCUGAUGGAAAGUUGAUGAAAAUGACAUGUUUGAUGGCUUCGAGUGUGAACUGGUUGGUGACUGGUUGAUCAUUUGGC